UCCACGUUGUUCUGUGUGUUUGCUAACGGGAAAGCUGAUAAAACGUUUAACAUGUUCAAACUGAUUCUCGUGAUGGCUGUCGCAGUGGUAGCGACCACAUGCGCACCGACGCCGGAACCGAGACCGACGCCGAUACCGGCACCAGCACCGGGCCCGCUGCCGCCGCCGCUGCUGCCCGUUUAUCCGUUGGUCUACCCGUCGCCCUACGCAAAGGUGUAUCCGUAUCACCCGUAUCACCCGUAUCCUCUGGCGUAUUACAACAGCUAUAAAUACCUCUACCCGGGUUCGCUUUACGGCUACUGACGAUCCGGACUUCAUCAGGGGAAAUCGCCGACACCGGCGGGAUCCCGCCGUAUAUAACGCGGCUCGCCGCAACGCGCCAAAUGAUUCUGUAUAUCGCGGACCGUCUCCCAAAUAAAGUAUGCUCUUGUCGCAGA